AUGGCUAAUUGGUCUCGUUUCUCGAAGUCCCUUUGGCUCACUUUAGCUGCUGGGCUAUUGUCAACAGCCAGCGCAUCCCCUCCAACUGUUACUCUCAAAGCAAGUGCUGCUGAAAGAUCAAGCACUGUCUUCGUCGGUCGGUCCUUGUCAGAGUUCGAUCAGGAUGUAUUCCUGGGCAUCAAAUAUGCGGACCAGCCCGUUCGAUUCACCCCGUCGGAUCUGAAGACUAGCUAUAACGCAAGCGAUAGCGACUCGGGCCUGUACGACCCGUCACUUAGUGGACUAGACUCAUCCGAUUCGGUUUACUACAAUGCCACGCAAUAUGGAUACGAUUGUCCCGGUUACGGGUCUGAUGAAGACAGUUUAAUUGAUAAGGGACUGGUCCGGGUGAAUGAAAAUUGUCUCAAUCUUAAUAUCAUUCGGCCCAAUGUACAGUCGGAAAGCAACGGCGCACAGGGUGAUGAGCUGCUUCCUGUUAUGAUUUGGAUUCUUGGAGGAGGAUGGCAGCAGGGCGCUACAGCGGACCCGAGAUAUAACAUGAGUUAUAUUGUUCAGCAAGGAGCAUUGAACGACAAACCUGUCAUGGGAGUGUCGAUCAAUUAUCGACUAGCAGCAUUUGGGUUUUUGGAUUCGGAGGAAGUGAGGGCUUCUGGAAACGGUAACCUUGCACUCCGCGACCAGCGAAAUGCCAUGCGAUGGGUGAAGCAGAAUAUAAAGGCCUUUGGUGGAGACCCCGAGAAGAUCACCAUCUGGGGAGAAUCUGCAGGUGCUUAUAGCGUGGGUGCUCAUUUGGUAACCAAUGGUGGAGAUAAUGAGGGUCUUUUCAGAGCUGCAAUCAUGGAGUCUGGAAAUGCCGUCGGACCUCCAUAUAACGGCACUGAGUGGCAUCAGCCCAUGUAUGACCAAAUUGUGAAUUUGACUGGAUGCUUCAACUCCACUGAUACGCUGCAAUGUCUUCGGGAGGUGCCUUAUGAAUCGCUAUACAAGGUGGCAUAUCAGGGAUCGGAAUGGUUUGCAACAAUUGAUGGUACCUUCAUCAAGGAAUAUCCCCAGAUAAGCUACAGCGAGGGCAAAAUCGCCAAAGUCCCAAUCCUGCUUGGAGCCAACACCGACGAAGGAACAAGCUUUGGAACAACAGGGACAGAUACGGAUGAAGAAUGCAUUGAACAGCUUAUUUCCUCUAAACGCUGGGUUCUUACUCGCGAACAAGCCACAAAGCUUCUCACAUACUACCCCAACAACCCUGCUCUCGGAUGCCCUUACGGCUGGGGAAAUGUGACCUGGCCAAAGCUGGGUCUCAUGUACAAGCGAUAUGAGUCUAUGGCCGGGGAUAUUACCAUGGUAGCUCCGCGACGACUACUGGCAAAGACUAUGGGAAAAUAUGAAAAGGAGGUAUAUUCAUACCGAUGGGAUGUGGCAGCACUGAACUCAUCGAGCACCAUUGGAGUUGGACACUUUGCAGAGAUUCCAUUCGUCUUUGCCAACCCUGUUCAAGAUAUCACUCCCCUUGGAUCCGACCCAGCACGGCUUGAACUGGGCAAGAUGGCGGCCCAGAUGUGGACGUCUUUCGUUACAGAUUUGGAUCCUAAUGGACACGGUGUCUCCAACAUUCCACGAUGGCCGAAAUAUACCGAAGAUCCCACCAACUUUGUCUUCCGUCUUCCCAUGAAUGAGAGCUAUGUUGAGGACGACACUUUCCGAGCUACGGGGAUAGAGUAUAUUAACAGUAUCCAGCGGUAA